AUGGCGAAUCUUAAUACAACAGAAGUUCACUUUCAAGAAUUGAUCAUAACUGGUUUCCAGGAUAUUUGGGACAGAGAAUCAAAGCUAAGUCUAUGUUCACUUUUCCUUUUGACUUACAUUAUCACAAUCCUUGGAAAUUUGGUGUUCGUCAUUUUGGUCAAAUUAAACAGAAGACUGCAUGCACCAAUGUAUUAUUUUAUUUGUAAUUUAGCAUUGCUGGAUAUCUGCAUUCCUUCUGUUACUGUACCAAAAAUUGCAUCAUAUUUAUUAUUUGAGAACAGAUCAAUUAAGUUGGAAAUGUGCUUAACUCAGAUGCUUUUCUAUAUUGGACUAUGGAUUGCAGAGUCAUUUUCCCUUACUGUAAUGUCAUAUGACAGGUACCAAGCCAUAUGCAACCCUCUUAUGUAUCCUUCAGUUAUGAGCAACAACAAAUCCAUUAAACUGUCUAUUAUUUGCUGGAUAGGAGGCAUGACUAUAGCAUUAUUUCCAUGUUACCUUUUCCUUAGGGCUCCUAUAUGUGGAUCCAAUAAAGUAAACCACAGCUUUUGUGAUUAUUUUGUUUUGAUACAGCUGGCUUGUACUAAUAUAGCAUCAUAUUCUGCUGCAGGUUUUACUGCUUCAUCUUUUUUGGUUCUCCCUUUAGUUGUUAUCUUGUUUUCUUACAGUAGAAUUAUGUUAACACUGCAAAAAAUCACUUCAUUAGAGGGACGCAAAAAGGCUUUUUCUACCUCAGCAAGUCACUUACUGGUGAUUGCUAUGUUCUACUUGCUGCCAGUUUUUGCUUUCAUAUGUAAUAAAACACCUGGAUGUUCUGCUAAUACCUGGCUUAUGGCUGCUACUAUGCAAAAUAUUUUGCCACCAAUGAUUAAUCCAUUCAUUUACUCAUUCAGAACAAAAGAGAUCAGAGAGUGUUUCAUACAAUUAUUAAGAAGCUUAUUUGGGUCAAAACUUCCUUUGGCAUAA